UUGUCUGGGAAGAAUAUUAAACUUCAAGUAUUCUUCGAUCCCUAAUUGCCAUCUCUCAUGGAGAAAGCAGAAGGUUCAAUGCCUGUGCCUUUCCCUCCACAGAGGCAACCACCAUGGCAAAGCUCUGAGACGGUCAGCCCGCAGCCACAGGCGACCGGAUGGACCGCUGCUCCCGUGCCGGACAAAAGAGCAGACACCAUCGUGAUGGUCAGCUUAGUCUUAACCGUGCUCGCUUUGAUCUUCUCCUUCCUCUCCAUGGUCAUCAUGGCUUCAAACAACAACUAUGUUGAGGCGCGUUUCACAGACUUCGAAGAGUUGAAGUACCUCAUUUCCAUAGCCACGAUAGCAUGUUUCUACGCAUUUCUACAGCUUGCUCUUCUCGUUUUCCAAUUAGCCUCCAAGAGCAAGCCGGAGCACCGCCGCCAUAUCAUGUACUUGGCUUUUUUAGGCAGUCAGAUAUUAGCCUACCUCCUCAUCUCUGCAGCAUCGGCCGCUCUUCCCAACACCAAAGCCUUAUUCGACUACUAUAACGCACUUCCCAUAAAAAUCGGAAGCGAAGUCCUAAAAGAGUUCUUGGAUAAGAGUGCCGCUUCUAUAAGCAUGGCUGUCUUCGCCUUCAUCUUCUUCGCCAUCUCUGCUGUGCUCUCCGCUUGCAAAGCUUUCAAGACGUGCACGUGAUCAUACUCUCCCAUUCAAAUAGCCACAGUGCUGCAAUUUCAUGUGUGAUCAAGUUGGGAUCCAAGUUCUAUUAUAAUUUUCUCUGUAAGAUAAACCAGGGUUCGAGUUGUAAAAAGGCAAACGACGUCGAUCGAAGGGAAAUAAGCCGAAAUAUUUGUCAUCAAUUUGACUUCUGUACGUGUAACUUGCGUUCUGCAUGCACAUCGUGUUUUCAUUGUCC